AUGGCCGCCAAUCAGACGUUGCGACUCUUCCGUGUUCAUGACGAGCGAAAUUCGAUAUGCGCAGUCGCAAAUACAAUCACUACAUCCUUUGCUCAGGACCCUCUGAUCACAUGGUUACGCCCUCGAGUCCCUCCCUGGACAAAAGAUAACACCGAAACAUUCAAAUGGCAAUAUCGUCGGGUCCAGCGAGCCGUCGCAGAGGGUAUAGUUCUGCAAUCGGGACCAAGUUACCAGAUAGGACGAUUACUUCCUCCCAGGCCUUCUGAAUCGUGUCGUGUUGAAGCAGACGUAAAGGGUUCGGUGGUCGAGGAGAGCAGGAGCGAGGAUGGUGGUGAGGAAAUGGAUGCAGGAGUAGUGGCGCUCUUGUUUCCUCCUCGAGGUGCCCAGGAAUGGUCUUUUUCCAGAUUUAUGCUUGAGUGCAAGUUGCUUUUCCUUGAUACUUUUUGCGCCCGUCGUGAAAGCGGGACCAAUAUACAGAGACUGGAAAUCAUGAUGAAUAGCCAUGACAAGACUAUCUCUCGAGUUAAAAAGCUGCAUCAACUGUGCGACGUGUGGUAUUUGGAGGUUGUCGCUGUGCAUCCCUCUCUUCAGGGUCGGAGCCUCGGAAAGAAGGCUAUGACAUGGGUGUUGGAGUAUAUCAACAACGCACCAGUUUUACUGGAGUGUACGAGUGAGAGUAAUAUCUCCUUCUACCAGAAGCUGGGGUUUGAGGUUGUUGAAGAAGUCGAGUUGAUGGAGGGUGGUGAAGCAGUCAAAUUGUGGUUCAUGCUACGGCAAGCUCCGGGAAGCGGACAUGGUAAAUAG